UCCUCCAACAUGAGACCAGGACCAGCUAAAUUGUUUUCAAGAAAAUCCCCCUCCAUGGUUAGACAAGAAACGAAAUCAAGAACCAGGGAGGAAUAAGAAAGAACAAGAUCCCACAAAACUUAACACCAGAAAAGUCAGAGGCUUGUUCAAAGACAAGACAAGAACACCUAAAUCGUUAAAAACGAACAGAAUGAACCGGACGAUUAUUUUUUAUGGUGUAAUAAAUGUAAAAAUGAGAUUCGCUUACAAGCCAUUAAGUGACGGAGUUGCGGUAAAUACAUUUAUUAAGAAAAUUGGAAACUUGAAGCUAUCUUUUCUUCUGGCUUCUUAGAGAGAGAGAGAGAGAGAGAGAGAGAGAGAGAGACAGUAUGAGUGGAGAAGGAAAUGUUGUGUGUGUAACAGGAGCUUCAGGUUACAUAGCAUCUUGGCUGGUCAAGCUCCUGCUCGAGCGAGGUUACAAUGUUAAAGCCACUGUUCGUGAUUUAAAUGACCAUAAUAAAAUAGAACACUUGCUUAAACUCAAUGGAGCCAAAGAGAGACUUCAUUUGUUCAAAGCUAAUUUACUGGAAGAAGGAGCUUUUGACCAAGUUGUUAACGGGUGCCAUGGUGUAUUUCAUACAGCUUCUCCUGUAACAUUUUCAACAAAUGACCCUCAGUUUUCUGCAUUUCAGAAUGAAUUGCUUGAACCUGCAAUAAAAGGAACAGUUAAUGUUCUCAAGUCGUGUACAAAAGUUCCUUCUAUCAAGAGAGUGAUUCUGACAUCUUCUAUGGCUGCGGUAACGUUCAAUGGGAAGCCUCUCACCCCCGAUACAGUAGUUGAUGAGAGUUGGUUUUCGGAUCCGGCUUUCUGUGAAGAAAAUAAAACUUGGUAUAUGCUUUCAAAAACCUUAGCUGAGGAUGCUGCUUGGAAAUUCGCAAAAGAAAACGGAAUUGACCUGGUUACGAUAAAUCCAGGAUGGGUGUUUGGUCCUCCUUUACAGCCAACUCUUAAUCUCACCAUUGACGUUCUUUUAAGCCAUAUAAAAGGUCAAACAUUUCCAAAUCAAGUCUUUAGAUUCGUUGAUGUUAGAGAUGUUGCAAAUGCACAUGUUCUUACUUUUGAAAGGCCUUCAGCCAAUGGAAGAUACUGUUUAGUGGGACAAGUUGCUCACUUUUCCGAGUUCUUGAAGAUUGUACAUGAACAUUUCCCUGCAUUACGCCUUCCUGAGAAGUGCGCAGAUGACAAGCCUUUUGUGCCAAAGUAUAAGGUAUCUAAGGAGAAAACAAAAACUUUAGGCAUCAACUUCACUCCAUUGGAAGUUACUGUUAAAGAUACCAUUGAAAGCUUCAAAGAGAGGGGCUUUCUUAGUAUCUGUGGAUGAUGUUCCCAAAUCCCUAGCUGAUACUCAUGCUAAGCUUCUUUUUCUCACAAGAUCAAUUUAAGUCAAAGAAAAAGAAAAUCACAGGGAAGAAGAAGAAAACUCAUGCCAGAACAAAGUUGUAUUCUUCAAUUGCUUUCUGCACGUUGGUUUUAUUUUGUUUUGAUUUCUGAAAAGAAAAAAAAAAAAAAUAUGGCCGUCAUUGACCAUGAAUAAACAUUUUUACUUAUAAUCUAUUGGACUAGUUGCUCUUCAAUUGUCAUAGUAAGUUUAAACUAAAUAAAUAAAAUAGCGAAAAUAUUAGGUCCAAUGCUUAACCUUUAAGAUAAUUUUCAUUUCACUUCCAAAAGUUUUAUAUUUAAAGUUCCAAAAAGUAAAUUUUUAAUGUUAUAAAUAUUUUAUUUCUGCAUUGUAUGAAUUAUGCUGCUACUGAAGGAGAAAAAUGGCAAAUAAAAACACCUCUCCAUAUUUUUAAUUUUUCAUCAAAUCUAGCGAUAUUAAUUUUAGAUAAAAUUAUUGACUAAAAUUGAAAAUUGAAAAUUAUUAACAUGCAUUAUCUACCGCUGGCUUUGUAAUUAGUACUUUAUUGUAAAUGUUAGAUCUUAGUUUUGUUCCUAUCUUUUCAGCUUGAGUUUCUUGACAUGGUUUCAUGCUAGUUUUGGCCCGUCACUUCCAUUAUGGUUUGAAUCUCAAAAAGACAUCACUUUUCUUGAUUUAUCAAAACCUAUGCAAACAUUUCAGGUUGCAUACCCAACUGGUUUGGGAAAUUUCUGGUGCUCUCUUUGCAUUAAAUUUGUCUUUCAAUCAGGAAAAAUGGAGAUGAUUGAAGUUAUUGAUUAUUCAAGAAAUAUUCCAGCAAGCAUAGGAAAUUGUGUUUCUCUGCAGGUUCUCUUGAUGGAUUGGAGAUAGUAUCAUCUUACAAUUCUCAUCUUGAGAAUGAAUUGCUUGAACCUGCAAUAAAAGGAACGGUUAAUGUUCUCAAGUCAUGUGCAAAAGUUCCUUCUAUCAAGAGAGUGGUUCUGAUAUCUUCUUUGGCUGCAGUAUUAUUCAAUGGGGGGCCUCUCACCCCCAAUGUGGUAGUCGAUGAGACUUGGAUAUCGGAUCCGGCUUUCUGUGAAGAAAAUAAAGUGCAUAUUUCUCCUUUGCAACUGUUCUCUGCUUUCUUUCCUCAAGGACUUCUCAGUUGCAGAAGUGACAAUUGUUUUAUCAGCAACACGCAUUAGGAUAUGAGGCUUGUUCUUGUUUAAUUACAUCAAUUAACAUUAUAUGUACUUUCAUAAUUUUUUUUUGAGUGACUUAAAACUAUAUGCUUGAAUCGAUUUCUCAUAAAAGCACUGAUAUUAAACAGAUUACUGUCAAGUACAUUGAUGAGACUUAUUUUGGUAUUUCCCAGAAUUGGUAUAUGCUAUCAAAAACCUUAGCUGAGGAUGCUGCUUGGAAAUUCGCAAAUGAAAAUGGAAUUGACCUGGUUGCAAUAAAUCCAGGAUGGGCGAUUAGUCGUCCUUUACAGCCAACUCUUAAUCUUCACCAUCGAGAUUCUUUUGAGCCACAUAAAUGUUGAGUCUACAUAAAUGCAGGUCAAACAUUCCAAAUCAAGUUUUUAGAUUCGUUGAUGUUAGAGAUGUUGCAAAUGCACAUAUUCUUGCUUUGGAAAGACCUUCAGCCAAUGGAAGAUACUGUUUAGCAGCACAAGUUGCUCACUUUUCUGAGUUCUUGAAGAUUGUACGUGAAUAUUUCCCUGCAUUACACCUUCCUGAGAAUUAAGUCAUUGUUAUUUGAAUUGUGGCGAAAAUCUAAGUGAUAAUUGCAAUCCCUUUUAUAAAAUCACACAAUUCUUGUAAGCAGAUGUGCAAAUGACAAGCCUUUUCUGCCAAAGCAUCAGGUAUCCAAGGUGAAAGCAAAAACCUUGGGCAUCAACUUCACUCCAUUAGAAGUUACAGUUAAAGACACCAUUGAAUACUUGAAAGAGAGGGGCUUUCUCUAGUUAAGCUGCUUUUGCUUUCAAGAUCAGUUCAAGUUAAAAGGAAAAGAAAAGUACAGAGAAGAAGAAGAAGAGGAAAACUUAUACCAGAACAAAGUUGUACUCUUCAAAGGUUCAUGAGGUCGUCAUUUGCCAUCAUAUUUAUGUAUUGGACUGUCUUGAUUAUAGUGUUAAAAACUACAUAUUUAAUUUUACAUUAACUUUGUGUAUUUAUUCA